GUCGCCAUCAUAAAAUCGUAGCGCAUGUCAGAUGUUCGAUUUCCUCGUUGUUUCGCCCCCCGAAACAAAGCAUAGUAUCUAAAACGGCCAUAUUAACUUGCUAUAUUUCGUUUUAAAACGAAUCGAUUGAUCUUUUCUCGUAACGUUCACAAAUUGGUUCCGUCUUAAUUUCUCAUCUGCUUUGAAACAAUCGUUACUGGAUAAUCAUUGGUUAGUCAGAUCACGUGAAUUUCUGUCAGCCAUCUUGAAAAAUGGAGAACUGAGAAGUUGAUCAGCAAUUAAAUCUAAUUUUGGAGUCAGCAUGUUAAUAAGGUUGGGAACCUCCUGCUCCAGACGAUAUGAGAUUUAGAUGUUACAUAUUUUAUAAAUGAAAAAAUUAAUGUGGGAUGGAAUAACAGUAAAAACUAAUAAUCUACCAACGAAUUACUAAUGAUUCAGAUCGUUUAAACAAUGCUAUCACAAGAGAGAAUUUUUAUUUUGUAGUGAAUGUUUAAACAUACGAAUUGUUCAUGUUUACCUUACCAUUUAGUAAUUUUGCAAUGACAAAGGUGUGUGCUGCUUUAUCUUGCAAUAAUACAACAAACGAUACAAAACUUACAUGGCACAAUUUACCGAAAGAGGAAUGGCUCCGUGAAUUAUGGGUCGAUCUCUUGGGCAUAAAAGACAAUAAAAGUAGUGAAAACAAAGUGUGUUCUUCGCAUUUUAAACAAAAAGAUUUUACUAAUGGCAGAAAGACUUUACUAAAAGGAGGUUCUGUUCCCGAAUUACAUCUCGCUAAACCAAAGAAUACGGAUGACACCGAAAACGAAAGUGAAAGUGAUGUGAUUCUGUUAAGCAGCAGUGAUGACGACGGGAAGGUAAAUCGAAAAUCAUUAAAACGUUUACACGAAAGAAGAAAACUGUACGAUGACUCAUCAGACUCUGAGGAUGAAGUAGAUUCAAAUUUAAAGAAAAGAUGUAGAUUCAAAUUUAAAGAAAAGAGAGCUGCGAGAGUGGCUGUUGCAAAAAUAUCGAAGACCGUUCAGAAAUAUCAGCUUGCCGAACCGAAUUCUUGUAAGGAAAAGAAAGAUAAUUCAACAGCUUUUACACAGUUUGAUACAGCAAAUGUAACUAAAAAGAAGGAGCCUUUAAUUAUUAUCAAACCGGAAAAUAAUAUUGAUCUGAUGAUGGAGUGUUAUGAAGAGUUAUUAACUCAGACCCAAGUAGAUGCUUAUCGCAGAGCAAGACAAGAAUACGAUAGUGUCCUUAAGAGAUUAUAUAAUUUAAAAGUAACAAAUGCCAAAAUAACGUAUUGCACAGAUCUUAGUCUUCUUCCUCCUGAAGAUGCUAAUAUGAAAUCAAAUUUUCUCUCUGAAGAUUUCAAUAUAUCUGAUAAAAGUAUUCAUGAUACUUUAGUUCAAAAGACUGUUUCUCCUCCUGUAAAUAAUUCACUAGCUGUUUCCAAACUACCUGUUGUAACAGAAGCAGUUUUAUUAACUUCUCUGACUACUCCAAUUACACAAAUGACCACUUUGCCAUCAAAAACGGUCACCAGUAACUCUGCGUUGACUGCAGGAAAGCCUAUUGAAAAUAAUAACUUGAUACCUGUUGGAUCGACUUCCACAUCUACAAAUGCUACAUCUGUGUUUCCUGUGUUUUCUCAAUCAAAAAUGAAUACUGUAAAUCAUAUGCCUGUGAUGAUAGGUCAGCCACAAACACCUAUCCAGUUGCUUCAAACAACUUCUCAGCCACCAACAAUUUUUCUUGCUAAUGCUCCUAGUACCACAACAACGAAUAAAUCUGCUAUGCCACCUUUACUAUUAUCUGGAAAAUUAAUAAAUUCUAAUUCAUGCAAGAUUGUUGUCGAUUCAAAAACUGGUACAGUGCUUGGAACAAUGACUGUUGAUCCUCUUUCUGGAAACUCAGUUUGUAGAGUUCCAGAAUCAGCAGUUUCUGGCAAAACAAUUCAAGUUUUGAAAGUAUCCAAUGUUGCUACUCAACCAGUAAUUCCUGUUCCUGCAGUUCCUGUAAAAUUAGUUACGUCACUACCUCAGCAACAAACUAAAGCUUCAGUUGCGAAUGAAAAUUCAGAGAAUAUUGGAGAACUGGUUGCAGAUGAUACUUUAAUAUCAUUUAAAGAUAUUCCUGAAGUUAAAGGUGGAAAUAAAGAUUUCAGUAUGCAUACUAUUUUAUCAUUAAGGCCAAAAACGAUAAAUGUAUCUGAUGAUCUUUUAAACAUUGAAAAACAAAUAGUUGCAAAUAAAUUAUUUGAAAAUGGAUUUGUUGAUACACCUAUACAUUGGUUACUGAAAAUGAGGAUAUUUCCUUCACAACCAUUAUGUCGAAUUUGCGCCAUGGGUUUCAUGCAGCUAACACCUGAUCCAUCUGCUCUUGAUGGAUAUAAAUGGCUGUGUCGUAAUCCUAGAUGCUCAAGAUUGAGUCCCGUGCGACGUCUUUUGUUCUUCGACAGAUUUGGAAUUCCAUUAGGAAAACUGUUCGCAUUGACUUAUCAUUGGGCAGUGCAGUCAUCGAUAGAUUUAGUAUUGAAAGAAGUCAACAUGGAUAUUUAUCGAUUGCGAACCGUGUGGAGAGCAAUUCAAGAAGUUUGUGCGAGAGCCGUAGCACUAAAGGCUGAUAAAUUAGGAGGAGAAGAUAACAAAGUAGAAGUAGGUGCUGUACGUAUUGGAAGAUUGAUUGUUUUAGGUGCAUUGGAUAAAAAAACUAGAGCGACGAGACUGAAAGCUUUUCCCUCUGGCGUCGGUUGGAAGUCGGCUAUUUUGGUAAAAACACUUGAACCUUGGUUACUUCAAGGCACACACAUUAUAUCAAAUAUUUCUUGUCUGAAAUGUUUAAAUAAUAAAGGUUUUCAUCAUACUUUUUCAAAUUUUUCAAAUAAGUGUACUAAUCAAUCAUCGGCACAGAAUGUUGAUAAUGUUAGUGGUGUUAUUAAAUAUUUAAUGACAAAGUUGACUGAUGCAUUUGGUUCAUAUGCUGUGGAUCAAUUAAGACUUAUAAAUUUACAAGGUUAUCUCGAUGAACUACAGUGGAGAGAGAGAUUUGGAAAAACACUGAAUUUAAGUUUUUGGAAUAUUUUUGAACAUAUUAUAGAACAAAGUGGACAUAAGUUUCAGUUUAGAGAGAAUGCAAGUGUAGAGCAACAGUUUCAACCAGAGCAAACUAAAACAGAUAAAAUAUCAACCUCUAAACCCAAUAAAACUGCUACUACUAAAAAUGGAACAAGGGAAAAAAAGAAGAGACCAAGAAAGAUUCUGAAGAUGUCAAGUGACAGUGAGGAUUUUAGUUCUGAUAAAGAAGAAGCAACUGCAAAUAAUAAUAAAGUUAUAAGAGAUUCACCAGAAUACAAAGAUGAUUCUGAGAAUAAUUCAGUUAAAAUUUAUCAAGAGGACAUUGUAGCUUUAGAAGAAUUUUACUAUGCGCUUAAAAAUUCAAGCAAAAAGUUACUAAAGGCAGAAUAUAAAGGAAAUUUUCAGUUCAAGUGCCUUAUAUGCAAGAAAAUAGUAGAAAAUAAUAUUAAAGUGAUGAAACAUAUAAAUGCACACAUUGAUAAUCAGCGGCAGUGUAAACCAGCUUUAAGUGACCUUACCCAGUGCAAGUACUGCUUUCGAGAUUUUGACACACCAUUUAGUAUGCAAUGCCAUAUAGAAUCUGUGCAUUUGAAGAAAGAUUCAUUAGUUUGUCGAAUCUGCAAUCAAGAAUUUGCUCAGUUUAGAAAAUUAUCAGUUCAUAUGAAGAAUUUUCAUGUUAAGUCUGAAAUGCCAUACCACUGUCAUGUUUGCCGUUAUCGUUCAUCAUUUCAUCAAGAUGUUAUUGAGCAUUUUCAUGAGACUCAUUAUGGAACAGAUAAAGUACUUUGUCACUAUUGCCUAAAAGUUUUUCACAUAAAAUUUUCUAAUGUUGGAUUAGGAUUCAUUCAAAAUUAUUUCUACCAUCUACAUAAACAUCAAUUAAAAUCUGCAACAAAAAAAUGCACAAGUUGCUGCCUAAUUUUUCUCAGUAUUCAGGAGUUACGAGAACACAGAACACGUGAUCACGUCUCAUAUAGUGAACAGAAAGGAGUAAAACCGUUCAAAUCAAAUUUUGUGGUGCCAGUGGCUGAAAAGUUAGAAGAAAAAUCAAAUAAGUCUUAUCCUGCCAGUGUCGUAACAAGUACAAAAUGUGAGAUAACAGCAGAAAAUCCUCCUAAUCCACCUAAUCCUCCUAAACCAUCAAAUACUAAAAUAAGUUCAUCUAAUAUAGAAAGCUUGAAUAUGCCGUCUUAUAAAUGUUGCGAAUGUGGUCGUCCCAUGACUCUCAGACAUUUCGGGAGAUUUCUAAGUUGUGGAAGUUGUCAUUAUUCGACUAAUUGUUGUAAAGCUUUUGUUGACCAUAUGAUAAUGAAGCAUUCAAAAUUGAAAAGGACUGGAAAAAAUAUGGCAAUGGAUCUGAAACCUAUUGUAUUGAAGUAUCCUGUGAACUGCGCAUGUGGAUAUUCAUCCACUGAUGGAAAUGUGAUAGCAACACAUUUGGUAAAUUGUAAAAAAAGAAGUUGCCAUAUUUCAAAUUCUUCGAAAAGUAUGAUAACGGUGAUUAAACAAGUAGCCGAUGGAUUUUGGCAUAUUGAUAAAAGUCCUAAAGAAAGAAAAUUACCAAUUUCACCUGCAAAAUCUAUUCAAAAUGAAAAACUUUUGGAUGUAUCCGAAACAAAAGGAAAUGCAAAGUUAGUUACUGAGAGUGAAAUUAAAGAAAAAACUUCCAAUAAACAUUGUACACUAACAAUGAAAUCAGUUCUGCUAAACAAAGCUGAUACUCAGAAUAAAGAAAAACAAAUUUAUCCAAAAUUAGGUAAUGAUUUUAACAUUAAGAUUGCUGAAGUGACAUCUUCAGCAUUAAAACCAAUAACCAGCAAAGCAAAUCAAAUAAAUCCAUGUAAUGCUGUUCAUAACAAAUUGAAUACCGAAUUAAAAGAAAGUGACGACAGUCCUAGCAUGUUGAAUGCUUUAGGACUUGUUCGACGUUCCAUAUCCAACACUUCAGAUAUCGUCGAAACUCCUAAAGACGUAUCAGAAGAUACUAAAUUAGAUUCACUGUACUGUGAAGUAGAAGAACCUAAUGCCAUUAUGAAUUCUUGGGAAGAAAUUGAAAUUGUGGAUGAUUAACUUUUAUAAAAUAUAAACUGUGAUAUGGCCAAAUAAUAUGUAGAAAAGAAUUAUAAAUUUAGAAAUUUUUAUGCAAAAUUGAUCGACAAAUAGAAAAUUAUUUACUAUAUAAUCUUUUGAUAUAGAAACAUUUAACUUACAAGUUAAAAAUUGAUAACAUUUACAAUAAAGAUUCAUAAAAAAUAUACUGUUGUAUUAAAUAUGGCAUUUCAUUUCAUUAAGAAAAAUUCAUUUUGACUUUUGUUAUUUUGAAGUCCGAUGCUGUUUCAUUGUAUAAAGUUUAUUUUCCCUAGCAAACAAUUUUUAAAAUUGAAAUUUUUUUUGAUAAUAAAUUUGUUGCAGAAUAUCUGAAGACAGAAGUUAAGUAAAGAAUUAAAUUUGUUGAAUGUUAAAAACUAGACUAUAAAGUAAGUUUUGCCUUGCACUUAAACUUUAUAUAUAAAUUAUAUUGUAUGUAAAGUGUUUUUUACACAUUGUAUCAAUGUAUCUCUUAAAAUAGAUGAAUAUAAUUUCAAAAAAUUAUAGUAAUGUUUUUCAGUAUAUGAGCAGGCUCAUAUCAGUUAGUUAUUUCUUAACAAUUCUCUAUUGUCUUGCAAUUUCCAGAUGAAUUGCUUGAGAUUAACGAACAAGAAGUCAUAUAAUAAUACAGAGAAAGUAAGUCUCUUUUGUCAUUGUUUAUAAAGUAUUUUUCAUUGUCAUUUUCCGUUAUUUGUUCUUAUGCAUUUACACAUACAAUUCAUUGAAAAAUAUACUCUUCAUAAUAUUCAGACAAUUUAUUACUAAUAUGUGUACAUUUUUUUUAUUUUUAAAGUUUGUAAAUGUUGUAAGUAUACCAAGUAAAAUGGUCAUUUGUACAAAAUUUCUGAUUUUAUUGAUUUUCUUUUUUCCUAUUAUCCAUGUACACUUUGUGAUAUAUGUCAACUACUGCAAUAAAGUUUUUAAUUAU